AAAAAUAAAAAAUAAAAAAAAAUUCCAAACCAGCACAGCCCACAGGAAAAAUUAAAAGCAGAAUCCAAUUCCAACCUUUUUUUACCCCAAAUUCCAAGAAGCCGCCGUAUCCAAUCCAAUCAAAUCAUCCUUCUCCCCAUUGAAAGGAAUCCUUUCAUCAACUAAAUUCCAGUCAGCCUGACAAAAGAUCUCCAAAAAAGCGCUACUCCCACGCGACUUCCGCGUGCCAUAUAUGCUCUGUUCUCUUGUCUAUAUAAAGUCUUCGUCUCCAAUGCAAAAAUCAGCAACUGUGUAGCUGAGCUGCUUGAUUAUAGAGAGAAAGAUGCAGUCACUACAGCAGAAGGCGUCGGUGUGGAGUGGGGUGGAUACCCAAGACGCGUUUGCAAUCGACGAAACUAAUCUUUAUGAGAAGCUUGGCCUUCCGGCCUUCGUCAAUCUCUCCACCGAUUUCUACAAUAGGGUUUACAGUGACGAUGAAGAAUGGUUUCGGUCAAUUUUCGCUAGUUCAAAUAAGGAAGAUGCCAUUCAAAAUCAAUACGAGUUCUUUGUUCAACGAAUGGGAGGCCCUCCCCUCUUUUCUCAGAGAAGAGGUCAUCCUGCUUUGAUUGGACGCCAUCGACCAUUCCCAGUUACUCAUCGAGCAGCAGAGAGGUGGUUACACCACAUGCAACAAGCACUAGAUAGCUCGUCAGACAUUGACUCUGAUUCUAAAACAAAAAUGAUGAACUUCUUUAGGUAAAUGGGAUUUUCUUAUUUGUUUCGCCAAUCGUUGCUGCAUAGAGAGUGUAAUUAUUCAACACAAUGCUGAAAUAUUUUUCUCAGGCAUACAGCAUUUUUUCUUGUGGCUGGAGAUGAGUUGAAGGGUCAAAACCAAGGAGUUGCCUGUAAGCAUGCAACUGCCAAACCAGCUGCAGAAUAACUUGAAAGGAGUCUCUCCUUAUACCAUGUAACAAGAAUGAAGAAGACAUUGAUGUAGAAGAUUUUAUUUGUGAAAUUGCAAAUCUAAUCUCUACACGGUGAUUACCAUGUAGUUAACAUUCUUUUGAACAUUUCGAUCAGAGUAGUGAGAUAAGGGAAGAUUGGCUUCAGAAUGUGUAGUAGUACUAUUAAAGAUGUACAAUAUCAUUUACACUUCCAUUAUCUUUUUGAAAAGUUCAAUUCAUUAGUGCUGAAAUUGGCAUAAUCGGUUGUUACUACAUUGAUCAAACUGUGAAUGAAAAUACUCUUCCAGUUUUGAUAAUUAAGAUACCAUUUGGCAACAUACUUGUUACAAGAAGUUGAAAGUUUCACAAUCUGAUGACUAAACAACUGUAUUUACAGGCAAGGAACUUCAAGAGAAAUCUACACCAUGGGCUAAGCUAUAAGCAGAAUCCCGGAAACAUACCGGAAUUUUUCAAGGCUGGAUGAAAAGGAGAAAACCACGUACUGAAAUCAGCUAAUUUAUGAUACAUGCGGAUGUACAAAACCUUGGUAACUACGAAUCCAUGAACUGUUUAAACCUCAACGAUCUUGAUGGAUCAGCAUAUCUAGCUGAGAAGGAUCUGAACAGAUAAUCCGGUCCAUCCAUCUGCCCUGACCCUUCAUCGAAAUUCUGCAUAUAAGAUUCAGGGUCAUAAGGAGUUGCAGAUGAAGAUUUAUUACCACCACUCUUCUUCUUCUUCCUUCUGAUCUUUCUCCAAAACUUAAGCCAUUUGGGCUUGUUCUCAUACUCCGCAUUCAAAUUCGCUUGCCUGCCGCCUAACCGGACGCUUGAACAGCGUGAAUUACUCCACCCUCCGAUGCUCAUUCCGAUAUUGAGCCCAGAGGACUUUAUAUAUUUUUUUCCUGCAACUUUUCUUUGCCCGAAAUGCUGAGAGUUUCUUUGAGCUCUGCAAAAUGAAAAACCUCUAUGAAGUUGUGGGGCGUUAUGGCUUUCUUUAUAGUAAUACUACAUCGAAGAUGAUUAAUUAAUGUUAGAAAAGAUACUGAAAAGGUUUUUGGAUAGAAUAUGAGGCUUUUUAGUAUAGAAUUUAACGGAAAUUCAUAAAUUAAAGAUAAAAAAAAAGGAUGCAUAUCUGGCAGCAAAGACUAAAAAUUUAUUAGCCGCGUCUUUUUAGUAAAACAAAAGGCAUGUUUAAG